AUGUUGCCCAGGGUCCCCAGCAAGAGGAACUGCCCUGCGGCGGGGGAGGCGGAGAUGGUGCCCGCCCACGUACCGUCCGCGCUUCCGGCGAGCGACGGGGACGAUGGCAUGGGCCCCAACAUCAUCUUUCUCACCCAUGCGCGAGCCAACCUUUGGUCCGGGAUUCGAGGAGCCAUGAAGGCCAUCGGUCGAGCCAGCCGAAGCGGUGAGUCCCACACGCAAGCGUCCUGUCCCCCAGCUCCCAUCCCCCAGCCCAGCAGGCACCCUAAUGGGGCCCUUCCAUCAGAAUCGGAAAGUUCCCCUGUUCUCGACUGGAGUGCGGCCAGGAACCGCGCGGUCCAGGGCAAGGGGAAGAGUGUCAUCGGCGAGAGAGGUUUUCUGACGCCGCCAUUGACGCCGCGAAAAGCCAAGGGGCUUGUGCCGCGGGACCUAUUCAGGAGGAUCGGCCAUGGUUCCGGAUUCGACUCCGGCACCACCGUGGUCCUGCGCGGCUCUCCCCUGAAACGACGAACAUCUCUCCAGGCUCUUGCCGGCACGCGGUCCGGCCCAGACCACUCGAGCGAGACCAGCAGUUCGGCUUCAUCCGGCGACAGCGGCAACUGGUCGGCAACGGAAACCCCCUAUACCGGGGAGGUGCUUGCCGACUCCCACUCUCCCGAUACCGCGUCGGUGAAAGUCGCUCUCGGCAGGGAUAGCAGUCGCCGGCACCCUCUGUCCAAGUCGAGUCCGGGCGGAGCCACCGCUCGGACGAUUGACGAAGUCUUUUGUCAGCCUCGGCCGACGGUGCUGACGGUGGAAAAAGCGGCAGCUGCUCGGAUAUAUGUUGAGACGCACUACAACAAUCUCCUCAACAAGCCGAGUGGCCGCGAACUUCGAAAACGGUACCUCGAGUCUCAGCUAUACUAUUGCUCUCACCUGACGGCCGACCAGAAGGACGCAGUGCGCUUCUCGUUCUACCAGCAGGAGACGAGCUAUACCCGACAAUGCCGAGUGUUGCGCACUCGAUCGAUGGCUCCUUUGAGGGAGAACAGCACUGCCCAAGCCGACAGGUACGAGUGCCUCAAGAUUCUCGGUAGGGGCAGUUUUGGCGUCGUAAAGCUGGUGCGAGAAAACGAGGACGAGGACGAGGACAAGCCUUACCCGAGGCAGGUCUUUGCCAUGAAGAGGGGCACCUUCGUGCCGAGAGGGAUUUACUCGUCUCUUCUGAAGGCUCAAACUGGUGCGCUCCCCUUCCUCUACCCUCCCUCCACGCACCGUGCCAAACAGCAGAGGCUAACAGUCGGCCUUUUCUCUUCCCCCUCGCGCAGGAUCGUUCCCCUGGUUGCCAGCUUCCAAGACUUGCGGAGCUUGUAUUUGGUGAUGGAGUACAUGCCUGGCGGGGACUUCCUUGGGCUGCUGAUCAGGGAAAAUAUCCUUCACGAAUCCGUCGCUCGCUUUUACAUUGCCGAGAUGGUGCUUGCAGUAGAAGAGGCUCAUCGGCUCAAAUUUAUCCAUCGUGAUAUCAAGCCGGACAAUUUUCUCAUCUCGGCAUCCGGCCACCUUAAGAUUUCCGACUUCGGACUGGCUUUUGACGGACAUUGGUCUCACGACGCCUCUUACUUCAACUACCAUCGGUACUCGCUGCUGAGGAAGCUGGGGAUUCGAGUUGACGGAGACACAGAUGAUCAGAAGAAGUGCGAGAUUGUUUCGACCCAGCCCUCGUGGCUCCAGUCCAUAAAUGAAGUGAUAGAGAGGCACGACAGACGGGAUGACUUGAGCAAGAAUAAUCUCUCACACCUCCUGGGCUGGAGAAACCGGUGCGGCAACCGGGAUGCUGCACAUUCCGUCGUCGGCACCAGCCAGUACAUGGCCCCCGAGGUCAUCAGGGCUUGCCGCGGCUGCGAGCCCCACGUCAGCGAGAAAUGCAAGGACUUGGUAUACGGCUUGAUCCAAGACAAAGAGACACGGUUGUGCUCAACACGGUACGAGACGAGAAGCCGCGCGCAGAUCAACGCGACGACCUCCGUCGAUUUCUUCGGGCGAUUCGUGUUCCCCGACGACGCCGAGGAUAUCAAAGCCCACCGGUGGUUCAAAAACUUCCCUUGGGAGCACAUUCACGCCAUGAGCCCUCCCUUCGUCCCCCGCAUUUCGAGCAUGGACGACACGCACUACUUUGAAGAAUCGGAACCGGUCGAGGACUUUUCCGACUCGUCGCCAGAAGCAAUCGAGGUCACCGACGACGACGUUCGGUCCAUACUGUACGACCUACGACGGGUUGUGCAAGACGCUGCCAUCGAUCUCAUCUCGGCGCCGUACGAUUCCGCGCGGCUCCGUAGCGCCGAUCACCAGAUCGACAUUGACAGCCAUCUCACUCCGUACGAGAGGAAGGUUCUGAAGCAUUUCAUCCGCAUAUACGGCAAGAAGGAGCGCAAGCGACCUAGAGACAUCCUAUUGCGUGACGAGAACACCAAGGAUGUGGUGAUGGACGUGCGCAAGAAGACGGCCUUUCUAGGGUACAGUUGGCGACGGAUGAGGCCGGGGGGCUACUGCGUGAUACCGACGUAG